AUGAAUGAUAAAGAUGAGGAUGCAGAGCCUUCGCAUUCAAGCCAACAGCUCUCAGAGAUGUCAACAUUACAAGAGAGUUUCGAAUCUUGGGAACAUAAAGUUAACAAGGCCAAAGACCGUAUUAGCCGUUAUGUCCCUGGCCAGUGGGCUCAUACCAAGGGCACUGACAAUACCUUAAUACCCUGUUUAAACGCAUGCCUUGAUUGGCUACCCGCAGAAGGGGCGGAUUCUCUGGUCCAUGAUGUGGAGAGUUGCAGUGACAAUGAUGAAGCCCUUUAUUAUGUCUUCAAAAAUUUGGCAUCUGGACUUUUGCAGCCCAUGAAAGCUCUGAGUACCGGGGCUUCCGUGACUGAAUCUCCUAUCAUCAAGCGCCAAAAAAUUGCAGAUCUCGUUGCUGCGAACCUCCCCGAACCCCAAUCACGAACUGAUGAAUUCCGUGACAUAUGCUUUCGUCGAGAUGGAUCUCGCUGUGUUGUAACACAACGAAUGGAUUUAAACCUUUGGAAGAGUAUCAAUCGGCCUUCUGACAUCAAUCAUGGUGAUGUAGAGGCGGCACACAUAAUACCUUUCGCCUAUGCUUCAUGGCAUGAUAUUUCGGGGGAGAAAAAUGCUGUAAAUGUCUGGGAGACUUUGUUCCGUUGCUUCCCAUCAAUACGGCGGAUUGGUUUGAAUGCAAGCAAUAUUAAUGACCCAUCAAAUGGAAUAACAUUGUUGGACACGAUUCAUAAGCAGUUCAGAAAGUUCCGAUGCGCCUUUGAGCCUACAGAAACGCCGCACGUCUACAACUUUAAAACCUACAUGGAUUAUCCUUUCAAAAAGGUGUUCUUCGCACAGGACCAAAAGGUUACAAUGCAAAAGGCAGAAGGGGGUGAAGAUGUUAAACUUCCCUCUCCAGAGCUGCUAGAAUGCCAUUGGAGAAUUGCUGAAAUUUUAAAUGCAUCUGGCAUGAGUGAAAUCAUUGAUCGGAUCAUUAACGAUUGGGAGUAUAUCAAGGAAGGCGAUGAAGGGCAUGGCAGUCUAAGAGAAGAUGGAAAGUCCAAUGUUUCAGAGAUUUUAUCAGCCGCUUUCUGGGCUCACGGUCACUGGGUCAAGACGUAA